AUGUCAUCGCUUGCAAACCCUGUGAACUGGGUCCUCGCCGCCGUCCUAGGCUACAUCUCCUACAACUACUUCACCAGCUCCACCGCCCCUUCACCUCCAGCCCCCCGUCCAAAGCAUGCCGCUCUCGUCUUCCGGGAAUACACCCCCAAGGAGUUGGAACCCUUUAAUGGAUCCACGCCUGAGACUAGAAUCUUGAUGGCCGUUAAAGGAAACGUUUAUGAUGUUACCCGUGGCAGGAACUUCUAUGGCCCAGAGGGCCCAUACGGAAACUUUGCAGGAAGAGACGCAUCCCGCGGACUGGCUAAGAACUCCUUCGACAAGGAUAUGCUCAGCCCCAUCGACGGACCCAUCGAUACUCUCACCGACCUUGAUGAUGAUGAGAAGGAAUCCCUGAACGACUGGGCUGGUCACUUUGAGGGCAAGUACCAGCUCGUUGGUAAGCUGAUUGAGAACAAGGAUUAG